UAAAUAAAUAAAUAAAAGAAAAAAGAAAAAUUGAAUAAUAAAUUUAAUUCUAAAGAUAUAUGUAUUUCUUUCCAUUUACUUAUUACCAAUUCUGAUAUUGCUAAAAAGGUAUGAUAUAUAUAUAUGUUUGAACUGAGAUAAAUUUUCCUUACUUCAAACAAUCAGGUCUUCUAUAUAAAGAGCACUUCUCCAUUCAAAAAAUAUCACACAAAAAAAAAGUCAUGACGAGACAGAAAGUGAAAAUGGCUUUCAUAGAAAAUGAAACAGCAAGAAAAUCAACAUUCAAGAAAAGAAAGAAAGGUGUUUUGAAGAAAGCUCACGAGUUGGGAACUCUUUGUGGCGUCCCGAUCUGUGUUAUCAUCAACAGUGCGUACGAGCAGAACCCGGAGGUGUGGCCAUCGAGAGAGGCGGCGAACAAGGUUGUGUCCCAAUGGAAGACGAUGUCGGUGAUGGACAAGACCAAGAAGAUGGUGAACCAGGAGACCUUUCUCCAGCAGAGGAUCACCAAAGCAACCGAGUCUUGGAAGAAGUUGUGGAAAGAGAACAAAGAGUUGGAGAUGAAGAACGUUAUGUUUGAUUGUCUUAGUGGCAAAACUUUGGUUUCUCGUAUCGAAAAAAGUGAGCUUCGAGAUUUUGUUUAUGUCAUUGAACAAUAUCUCAAAGAUGUUAUUCAUAGGAUCGAGAUUCUGAAGAGGAACGAGGAAUCAUCUUCCGCUCUUGUUCCUGUUGCUGCCACUACAACAUCUAGUGUCAUGCCUGUGGUCGAGAUGGGUUCUUCUUCGGUUGGAUUUUACGAUAAGAUUCGAGAUCAAAUUCAAAGUACUUUGAAUAUGAAACAGACCACUAAUGAUUUGGAUCUGAACAAGAAACAGUGGUGAUGAGCCGUCUUUGAUCGUAUGUUAAGUUUUUGUCAUUUCAGCUAUCAAUAAAAAGUUAUUAUUUGAGUUCUGUUUGUUUUAGUUACAUGUUUGGGUUGGUUUCACAUGUAGUUGUAUUUCCUCAUGAAUGAAAUUUAUUUUUCUCUAA